CUCGUUUCUCACUCGAUAGUGAACUGAGUCGACCUCAGGAGUGGCUGAAAUCGUGCUGAUCAUCUGCUCGAUUGCUCAAUCUCGCUUUCACCAUUGCUUAUCUUCGCUCAUCCCCUUGCGCGCAUCAGCAGUCGCAGUCGCAGUCGCGGUCAAACCUACAUACACCCGCCCCCUCCAUACCCCAACAACAGCAGUGCUAUGUUCGGGACAGUUUGCUUGCAGUUCACCGUGACAUGACAACACAACUAAGUAUAAAGGAGCUUCCGGAACGCCAUUCUCGCAUGGAACGCCCAUCUUAAUUCAUCUCUCUUCUGCCUGCCAUGCCUUCAUUAUCCGAGUAUCCACAUCCUUACGGCCGAUCCAGCAUCGCAGGCGAUUCUGGCUCCGAUGACGACCUCGACCUGGAGGAGCUCGACCCAAGUACAACGCAUCUUUAUGGAACACAUCGUCGAUCGAGAGAAGAAGAGACUCAGCAAAGGAGUCGUAGCCCGGGCAUAGCGUUGCGAAACCUCCGAGUUGGAGUGGGAAACCGGUGGAAGCGGAGCAUCUCUGGUACACUCGGAGGAGGGCAGGAGGAUACCGCCGGUUUACUCGAGGAUCAGGAUCGCGACGACGGAGGAAUUCGAAGGUCUCACGCCAGUUCGCGAACAUACACGGAUGAUGAUGCCCCGCUGCUUAACGAACGCCGGCGUAGCUCUGCUCGUUCAUUAAAGGAUGCAGAACGGCUGUCGCAGAAGAGCUCUAGGUUCAGGAUUCCCGGUCUCAAGGCUGCAAGAGCUUGGUUUGGUUCCUCUAACUCUACAGUGAUAGAGGAACCCAAUCCGACCGAGACAAAGCCUCCGCGCGACGUGUUCGUCGGGCAAGCGCAGCGCUUAAGAUACCCGCCAAACAUUGUAUCCAACGCCAAAUACACGCCUUGGAGCUUUCUACCCCGCACCCUGUAUAACGAGUUCUCAUUCUUCUUCAACAUUUACUUCCUACUUGUCGCUCUGUCACAAAUCAUUCCUGUCCUCCGGAUAGGUUACAUGUCCUCAUACAUCGCACCUCUGGCAUUUGUCGUUUCGAUUUCACUCGGGAAGGAAGCUCUGGAUGAUAUCGGUCGCCGGCGCAGAGAUGCUGAGGCAAAUGCGGAAGAGUUUACUGUCUUGAGCUUUGAUAGACCGACUGGCGCUCUGGAGGUGACGAGGAGGUCAAGGGACUUGAAAGUCGGUGAUAUAUUGAAGGUUCGCAAGAAUCAACGUCUGCCUGCAGAUGUAGUGAUCCUUAAGAGUCUUUCAAAUGACACCGCUGCCCGACAAAGCUCGGCCCUGGAAAGACCCUCGAACCUUAUACCGGCCGACCAUGGCGAUGAGCCCAGCACGAGUGAAGUGAACGAUGAAGCAAGUAACCCCUCAGCUUGCGACACGUUCAUACGUACGGACCAAUUAGACGGAGAAACUGAUUGGAAGCUAAGACUGCCUUCACUGUUAUCUCAAACCCUCUCACUCCGCGAAUUCACUCGACUCAAAAUUACUGCAAGCGCGCCAGAUAGGCGGGUCAAUGAGUUUCUCGGAACUAUCGAGCUGGGGUCGUCUUCCUACGACCCACAUGUGGACAAGAGCACCCACGAACGCGAGCAGGAUGAUCAGGAGUCACAACCGAAUUCUGCUCCCUUGACGAUAGACAAUACUGCAUGGGCUAAUACUGUUCUUGCAUCUAAUACUAUCACUUAUGCCGCUAUCAUUUACACUGGUUCACAAACGCGCGCUGCGCUGUCGACGUCCCCGUCGCGGUCGAAGGUCGGACUACUAGAAUAUGAGAUCAACAACCUGACUAAGAUACUGUGCAUCCUGACUCUGGCACUUUCGAUUGUUCUAGUCGCGCUGGAAGGUUUUCAGCCUACCAACGACAAAGUUUGGUACGUCGCCAUUAUGAUCUACUUGAUCUUGUUCUCGACAAUUAUUCCGAUGAGUCUGCGUGUCAAUCUGGAUAUGGCGAAAUCGGUGUACGGACGAUUUAUUGAAAAAGACAAGGAUAUACCUGGGACUGUUGUGCGGACAAGCACCAUUCCUGAAGACCUUGGUAGAAUCGAAUACCUCCUUUCCGACAAAACCGGCACUCUGACUCAAAAUGAAAUGGAGCUCAAGAAGAUUCAUGUUGGAACCGUCUCGUACGCUAACGAAGCGAUGGAGGAAGUGACGUCGUAUGUAAAGCAAAGCUUUUCAGGGGACUCCCUAACUACUCCGUCAGCCCUAUUUGGCAUGCAAGCUGGCUCCGGUACGGCUCCACGCACUAGGAGGGAGAUAGGCUCACGUGUUCGAGACAUUGUUUUGGCUCUGGCGCUCUGCCACAAUGUCACUCCCACAACCGACGAAGAGGAUGGUGUUCGGGUCACUAACUACCAGGCUUCUUCGCCUGACGAGAUUGCCAUUGUUCGAUACACAGAGGAUGUUGGACUGAAACUGGCAUAUCGCGACCGACAAACCAUCGUCCUGGAGUCUACUCACACUGGUAAUGUCGUUGUGCGUGCUCGGAUCCUCGAAUUGUUCCCAUUUACGUCUGAAAGCAAGCGGAUGGGGAUCAUCGUUCAAUUUGAGACAGACGAAAGCAUUCUGGACUCGUCCCAGAACGAGAACGAGAUCUGGUUCUUUCAGAAAGGUGCAGAUACCGUCAUGACUACGAUCGUCGCUGCCAACGACUGGCUCGAUGAAGAAACUGCCAACAUGGCCCGUGAGGGAUUGCGGACUCUAGUUGUUGGAAGAAGAAGGUUAUCCGAACAACAGUAUGCAGAAUUCACUACAAGGUACAGACAAGCUUCGCUGGCUUUACAAGGCAGAGAUGCAGGUAUGACGAAGGUGAUCGGUGAAUACCUGGAACGGGACCUGGAGCUUCUCGGCGUGACUGGUGUGGAGGACCGUCUCCAGCGCGACGUGAAACCUUCAUUAGAGCUUCUUCGCAACGCCGGAGUCAAGAUCUGGAUGUUGACAGGAGACAAGGUCGAAACCGCACGUUGUGUCGCGAUUUCAGCCAAGCUAGUUGCUCGUGGACAAUACAUCCACACUGUUGCCAAGGUCAAAGAUAAGUCUACCGCCCAGGAAGCCCUGGAUUUUCUGCGCAACAAGACCGACUGUUGUCUCCUUAUCGAUGGUGAAUCCCUUGCUCUUAUGCUCAGUCAAUUCCGGUCAGCCUUCAUCUCUGUCGCCGUGCUUCUCCCCGCCGUCAUCGCCUGUCGCUGCUCGCCAACUCAAAAGGCCGAAGUGGCCGACCUCAUCCGUCAUCACACUAAGAAGCGUGUUUGCUGCAUUGGCGACGGCGGCAACGAUGUGUCUAUGAUACAGGCUGCAGAUGUCGGUAUUGGUAUCGUUGGCAAAGAAGGCCGACAGGCCUCUCUUGCUGCGGAUUUCAGCAUCACGCAGUUUCACCACCUUACUAAGCUCCUCGUCUGGCACGGGCGCAACUCCUACAAACGAUCUGCCAAACUCGCGCAGUUUAUCAUGCACCGCGGUAUUAUCAUCAGCGCCUGCCAGACCAUGUACAGUAUUGCCAGCCACUUCGACCCCAAAGGCCUUUUCAUCAAUUGGCUUAUGGUCGGCUAUGCGACGAUUUACACUAGCGGUCCCGUUUUCUCCCUCGUAUUUGACCGGGAUGUCGACGAGGAGCUCGCUAAUCUCUACCCGGAGCUGUACAAGGAGCUCAAAACAGGUCGCAGCCUUAGCUACCGGUCCUUCUUCACCUGGGUGUUGGUUUCGGUGUUUCAAGGUGCGGUUAUCCAGGGCUUGUCGCAGAUCCUCCUCGACACAAUCACCGGCCCUCGGCUCAUCAGCGUCUCUUUCACUGCGCUGGUCAUCAACGAACUCCUUAUGGUUGCCAUCGCCAUCACCACCUGGCACCCGUUCAUGAUUUUCUCCAUCAUUGGCACUGCCCUCGUCUACGCCGCCAGCGUCCCCUUCCUCGGGGAUUACUUCGAUCUCGCCUAUAUUAUCACACUUGAUUGGCUUUGGCGCGUUGUUGCCGUUAGCGCAGUGGCUGUCAUCCCCGUGUGGGCCGGGAAACUGAUCAUGCGGUCCUGGAGUCCGCCCAGUUACCGGAAGGUUCGGGGAUGAUGUUUUAUACCCGCUUGUCGAUUCUUCUGCCGUGUGUUUUGCAUCCCUUAGACUUGACUUCUUGUUCAACACCCCUCUUGUACUCUCUAGCUCGUCCACCUGUCUGCUCUCAGCUAUCUCUAAAAACGACCGACUCAGCCGUUGCAACAACCAAAUGAUGUAUAGCUCAAUCACAGUAUCGGAACUUGGGUAUAGAAUCUUCAUAUGACCUACAAGCGGAAUCUCCCAUACUGUCAAAUACCUUCCGCUACCUAAUCCACUAGCUCCGAUCAAGC